AUGAAUACAACUCUAUCUAGAAAGAUUCAAAAGGUUCUAGAGAUCAAACUAGAUUCACCAGAGUUGGUUGAUUCAUUGAAUGAAUUGACUACCUUUUACAGUAACAACUCUAUCAAUGCAAGAAGGAACUUGAGAAAUGAUAUUGAAAGAAGAGCUCUAGAUAUAAACAUUCAAUUCCUAGAUCAAUUUACUGCUUUAAACAAGUGCAUUGAAGAUAUACAAUUAGAUUAUGAAGAUAUAAAGAAAGGAUUUUCUGAAGUUAGAAAUCAUCUAUCACAAUCAAAGAGUUCAUUUUCAAAUGUAUUACAAGAAGCAAAGAAAUUAUCAUAUGAUUUAAAAGAGAUUGAAGAAAAAGAAAAGAUGGUAAAUGAUUUCUUGGUUAAAUUUAAAUUAUCAGAUGAACAAGAACAAGCAUUACAAAAGAAGGAUAUUGAUGCCUCCUUUUUCGAAGCAUUAAAGCGACUGUCAGAUAUACACAAAGAAUGUAAAUCGAUUCUAUCGGUCACCUAUCAAAGACCAACCUAUGAAAUCAUGGAAAUGAUUGCACAACAUCAAGAAAAAGCAUUUAGAAAGUUGUAUAGUUCGGUCAAAGAGAUUUCAAAAUCAUUGCAAGUAGAGGUUCCUGAUAUUGACAAGAUACUUCCUGCUGCAUUGGAUGCAUUGCAGGAAAGACCAUCAUUACUAUCACACUGUCUCGACGAUAUUGGCGAUUAUAGAAGUCGUUGUAUAUCCACUUCUUUUAUUACUGCAUUGACUAUGGGUGGUCCAAAUGGUACCCCAAGACCCAUUGAAAUCAAUGCACACGAUCCACUUCGAUACAUUGGUGAUAUGUUGGCUUGGAUUCAUCAAACACUUGCUUUUGAAUUUGAAUUGGUCUCUACAAUCAUUUCAAAAGUUAAUAUUUUAAUUCCUAUUAAAAGUACAUUAAACAAAUCAGAAUCAUUAGAUUUUAAUGAAGAUUUGGUUCAAAAUAACAAUAAUGAAGAACAACAACAAAUUCAACAACAAAUCAAACCAAUUGAAAAAGUAAUUAAUGCAAGUUUUGAUUUAAUUUGUAAACCAUUUAGUUGUAGAAUAGAACAAGUACUUCAUUCCAAACCAAGUAUUGUUAUUUUGUACAAGAUGAUUUCAUUGUUGGAUUUCUAUUCGAGAAUAUGCUCGUCGGUGGUUAGGUUCAAGUCAUCAAAGGUGUCGGAGAUUCUAAACACCUGUAAAAAUGUUUGUCUCAGUCAAUUCUAUUCACAGAUAAAGGAUCAAUUUGAAAAGGCACAAAGAGUCCCUACCAAUCCGACCGCCGACUUAUUACCAACUCUUGAUGUAAAAGAUUCGAUUAAUAGAUUGAAAGAAUUAAUUACAACAUUUAAUACAUCAUUGGUACCAUUAGAAGAAAGAGAGGAAGAGUUUAAACCAGUUUUAAUCGCAACGGUCGACCCAAUUGUAAAUUUAUGUACUACAUCGGUGACAACGAGUAAACUACCACUUUCACAUAUGGCAGUGUUUAUGAUCAACUGUCUUAGUCAACUUCAAUCGGUAUUGUCGGCCUAUGACUUUACAAGAGAUCGUGUUGAAUUGUUGGCAGGACAAAUCGACGCUCACAUGGACACAUUGGUCGAAGAACAAACAUCGGAACUAUUAAAUCUAUUGGGGUUGUCAUCGAAACUGGGUAUCCUACAAUACCACGAUAUGGGAGGAACCGACGACACACUCUCAAAUGUAAAUAACCCUCAACGUACACCAUUUUCACAAAUAACAGGAAUGGAUAGAAUAUCGAUUAAACAAGCGAUCCGUCAAUUCGAUACGACUCUGGAGAGCAGCUUUGGUUCACUGCCAACACAUGCACUAGAAAAGAUACAAUCUACCAAAUUAAAAAACUCUGCCAAACGAAGUGUAUUGAAUCUCAUUGUCCAAGCCUAUUCAUCACUCUAUAGUUGUAUUAUCGAUCCUGCCAAUCAAUAUGAAGAACCAUUUUCAAUAUUCCAAUAUACUCCAGAUCAAAUUAAGAAAAUGAUUUCAUAA